AUGGUCCCAUUCUCGAUGGUCGAACCAGUGGCCAGUGAGCAGGAUCGGACGCUGCAGGGUCCCCAAGGUGCUAGAGCAGGAGCCCUCGUCUCUUGUUUCUGGGAGACGGAUAUCCGGGAUUCUGCAGCGAAUACAGAUGGCAGAUCAGGGAAUGUUCAAGUGCCGACGUGA